AGUGGAUGAGUACGUUUCUCUGCCUGUUUUUUCAGCUCGGGAGGGGGAGACAGACAGGAAUGAAAGCUUUUCCUCAGAGUUGAGGAGCAGGUUGGGCUUUCGGUCGCGAACGAGCGAUAACAGAGCGACCGGAGAACGAGAGGAGUUUUUCCCCCGAAAACCGCUUGCGUACUUUUACGAACAGCCGCGCGCACGGAGACGAGGGCAUGCGGCGGAACACGCGCAGACUUUGCUCGGAGCGAGACGUGAGUCUAGGAUACUGAUUAGAGUUGACACAAGCCCAGCUCCAGUAGCAACUCUAUCCACACUUCACCUCCAACCCCCCCCCUCCUUCGCUCCUCAACCAGGAAAUCAUCGCGCCGCGCCGCUUAUCCUUCUUCCCACAGAUUAAACAAAAACACCGAACCCCUCCGUGGGUUCAUCCAUGAGGAUCUCGUCGGUUUCUCUUCCGUUUUCGCCUCUGGAAGUUCGGCUUUACGUCUGAAGAGGAUCCGCGCUGUCGUCGAACAAUGAGCGAGUCAAGUAUCUGUCAGGCACGGGCCACCGUGAUGAUCUACAAUGAUGCCGAUAAGAAGUGGGUCCCGGCAGGCACGGGUUCCCAGGCUUUCAGCAGGGUCCAAAUCUACCACAACCCCAGCACUAACGCCUUCAGAGUGGUGGGACGAAAGAUGCAGGCCGACCAGCAGGUUGUGAUAAACUGUCCAAUUGUAAAGGGAUUAAAAUAUAAUCAGGCCACGCCAAAUUUCCACCAGUGGCGGGACGCUCGGCAGGUGUGGGGACUAAAUUUUGGCACCAAGGAAGAUGCAGUGCUGUUUGCCAACGGCAUGUUACAUGCGCUUGACGUCCUCAACGCCUUGCCUGAUGGAGGUUACCCCACACGACCUGUGUCCAAUGGACCAUCCCCAGAAGAGCUGGAACAACAGAGAAGAUUGGAGCAGAUAGAGCGAGAGAGACAAGAAAGAGAAAGACAAGAUAGAGAGCGACAGGAAAGAGAAAGACAAGAAAGAGAACGACAAGCAGCUCCAGUCGUUCCUCCUGCUCCACCUUUGGCCCCUGGAGGUCCCCCAGCUCCCCCUGGACCUCCACCUCCUCCUGGGCCCCCUCCGGCCGGACCUCCCCCACCACCCGGACCUCCUCCCUCAGGAGGAGGAGCUCCACCUCCACCCGCUCCUCCUCUGCCCUCUUCCGGAGGAGGUGGAGGCGAGGGAGGAGGACCAGGUGGCGGUGGUCUCGCUGCUGCCCUGGCAGGUGCCAAACUCCGCAAAGUGCCCAAGGAUGAUGCUGGUAGUGGCGGAGGAGGAGGCGGCAGUGCUGCAGCGAGUGUGGCAGCACCUCCUAAAACAGAAAGCAGCCGCAGCAGUGUGUCUAUGCCCAGCGGAGGAGGAGGAGGAGGAGGAGGAGGAGGAGGAGGAGGAGGAGGAGGCCUGAUGGGAGAGAUGAGCGCUAUUCUAGCACGACGGAGAAAAGCAGCAGAUAAAGGGGAGAAGGCACCUCCCAAAGCAGAGGAGCCCAGUACCGAUGAUUCUGACACUCAAGGCCCAGGCGAAUUUAGGAGACCAUGGGAAAAAUCAGCCACCAUGCCCAGGACUAACUCAGCACCCAAAGGUCUGGAGUCACCCUCUGCCUCUAGCCCAUUUGCCAGGAUGAAAGCCAGUAACCAAUCAGCAGAGGCUGACAGUGGAGAAGGAGAGUCAGAAAUGGAGCGAAUUAAACAGGAAUUGCUAGAGGAGGUGAGAAAAGAGCUUCAGAAAGUUAAGAAUGAAAUCAUUGGAGCCUUUAUUCAGGAGCUACAGAAACGAGGAUCUACAUAGUCCCACAGAAGUUGAUGGGAAGGGAUCACUCGGUCCUGAGAACCCAGGGAUACACACGCGCACACACACACACACACACACAAGCACCCAGGGACUUAACCCUCCUUAAUCAUGACCUUUCAGCCCAAGAUGAGCUUUCUUCUACCUUUAUCUGCCACUGUUUUCUUUCACGUUCAUCCAUUUCCUUUCUCUCCACAUGUAGUUUUACAUAUUUUGUUUCCCACUUAAUGUUUUACAUACCGUACACGCCGUCACCCUCACGCUUGAUUCCUGUAAUACACGGUGCAUAAAUCCUCAACCAUAAACUCGAUACUUGCCUAAAGUUAUUGUUUUCAGGGAAUAUAGCAUAUCAACUAUCCCAGUGACUGUAAAAGGCCAUAUACAGACCCCCAGAGCUACGAAGAGGCAAAAACAAGAUGGAUCUUGGAGGAAAAAGACCUGCAGUACACACACUAUCUACUCCACACACACACACGCACGCACCUCGUGACCGAACAGUCAUGUCAGGUCCCGCUCUUGUGCUUUUAGCUGGGAGAUUUUCACAUCAGACCCGGUUUAGGGAAAGCAAAAGCAUAUUUUUCACUUUAAUUUGAAGCUCAGAAGUUUGUUUCGUGUGUGGAUGCAUGUUUAUGGACGUAUGGCUGCACUUGCCUCUGUUUAUCAGUGCCAUCUUGUAUGCGGUCACCCGACUGCCACCAUCCGGUGGCGCGAAACAACUGUUGUCAUAGCUUUAGCCCUCAUUUGAGAUGUUUUUAAACUUUUGUGUUGAGAUAUAAAAUAAUAUGGCCACGAUCAUUUUUGUCUGCUGGCCAUGCCAAAACUGCCUUGGAAAAUACAUAUAAAUAUAAAUAUAUAUAUAUAAGGUAUAUAUAUUUGUUUUGAGGGAAAAAGAUAGAAAACUUGAGAUAACGUUUCUAUUUUAAUUGAAAUGAUUGGUGAAUGGGGACUUUUUGUGAUUUAUGAUGUUUUCUUUUCAGAGAUUGUUAUUUUUCGGAUUUCUGUUAAACUUUUGUUUCUUUUUUUCUAUAGAAUAUAGGCUUUUUACACUGAAUAUAUAAAGAAAAAUUGCGUAGAGACACUGGAUUAGAUGCCUUUAUAGUCAAAUACAGCUGCUUCUUCUACUGCA